CGCGACGUCACUUCCCGCCUUCCUUGCCCGCUGCUAACGGCCGCCCCGAGCCGCCGUCCUGUCCCAUGGCGGCAGCGGCCGGGGGGGCGGGCGGAGGCGGCUCGGCGGCGCUGGGUGACAGCGGGGCCAUCGACUACUCGGUGCACGAGGCCUGGAACGAAGCCACCAACGUGUACCUGCUGGUGGUGCUGGCCAGCCUCGCCCUGCUCGUCUAUACGCGGCGGAACAAGAGGAGGAUCCUGCGCAUCUUCACUCUGCCCCCUGCGGCCGAGACGGCGCCCGAGCCCAACUUCUACAACAGCAUGAAGAAGAUCCGGCUGCGGCAGCAGCUAGAGAUGUACUCCAUCGCAAGAAAAUAUGAGCAGCAGCAGCAGCAGCCACCAAAACAGACUGAAAGUGUCCAGCUGUCAGUGGAGUAAAGCCUACAGCUGGAGGAACGCAGGACUUAUUUCCAGAGCUGACAAUGCCAGUUGGUGUGGAGCUAUUUUCAAUGCCUCUUAGUGGAUGCAAGAGGGCAAGGAAAGGGGUAGAGUACUCAAAGCUCUGUUCUUGGUAGCUUUUCUCUGAGUCUCAUGCAGUAAAUGGAAUGUCUUCUGAAUGAGAGUGCCCAGCUGCUCUGAGAAACCUCCGAGGGCAGAGAGGUGCGGUCUUGUGAGCACCUUGGAAUCAGCUCCACCAGAGGUACCAUAUAGGAAGUUGGGCAGUACCAGGCUGCCAGGAAGCUGCCUGGUUCCUCGGUCAAGCAGCACUGCAGUUCCUCAAUGCUUUCAGUAAGUGUGGGUGAGGAUGCUGGCCCCUCUGCACAGUGUGGGUGGGCAGCUGAGAGCCACGGCAUAGCACUGGCUGUAGUGCAGGGACAUUGUGCUCUGGGUGUCACGUUGUUCACACUGCUGUGAGCCUUUCCUGAGCAGCUCUGGUUGGCAGUGAGCUGCGGGUUGAGGUGCUGCUUAUAACAAGUGCUGUAACACUGUAGCAACAGGAGUUGGCUACAUUUGUCCAACGGGGUUAAAGAGCGGAUUGUAAAUAUUUGUGUAAACGGAACCAGUACCAAAAAGCACGGUUCAUCCCCAACAGGCCUCACACCCUCACUUCUUUGUUUUACAUUCCUCACUGUAGAUCAUUAAAUCGGUACAUUUAAAGAAUACUUCAGGAAUGACUUUUUAAUAAAAGCAUCUGACCAUGGAAACUA